GACAGGAAAUAAUUUCUGAAUCUUCAACUCUACUGACCUACCGCUUCUGGAUCCAACUAAGCGGUUGUAGCUAUAAUAUGUGCGCGUAGCGGCUGCGUCCAGGCAGACGCGCAGGAGGGGACGAGUAUCAUGUCUCUCGUUAGCAAAGAAGCCCUCGAUCGGCUCUUCUCAGAGCUCAAGAGCAAAAAUGAUGAGGUCCGGUUGCGAGCCGCAGUAACACUGCGCCAGAAUCUUGAGGCCGUUCACAGAGAAUUACCUGCAAGCCAGUUCCAAGCACAUUACAAUGAUAUUACGACGCGCAUUUCGAUUUUGGUCGUUCAAGGAAAUGACACAAAUGAGCGAAUAGGUGGCAUUCAUGCUCUAACGGCUCUCAUCGAUUUCAAAGGCGACGAUGCAUCCCUUAAAGCGACGCGAUUUGUGUCGUGGCUACGACGCAUAUUGCAGGGAAAUGAUACGACCGCCAUGAUAGUAGCUGCCCGUGCUCUCGGUCGUCUAGCAACACUAGGCGGCACAGUCACAGCCGAGCUGGUUGAGGCAGAGGUCAAGACGGCGCUCGAAUACCUACAAACAGACAGGCAAGAGAACAGGAGAUUUGCAGCAGUGCUAACUCUGCGCGAGCUGGCUCGAAACUCACCCACACUACUCUUCCAGUGGGUGCAGCAGAUUCUAGAAGUGAUAUGGGUCGCACUACGAGACCCCAAGGUCAUGAUACGCGAAUCAGCAGCUGAGGCAGUAAGCGCAUGCUUUGAGAUCAUGUCCGCAAGGGACCAGGACAUACGAACAAAGACUUUCACCAAAGUCUACGAAGAGGUCAUUAGAGGCUUCCAGAUCAAUACGAUUGAAUCGAUUCAUGGCUCGCUGCUUACCAUCAAAGAGCUAUUGCUGAAGGGCAACAUGUUCAUGCAUGGCCCGCGAUAUAAAGAGUCUUGCGAGUUUGUCAUGCGUUACAAGGAUCAUAAGGAUGGUCUUAUACGGCGCGAGGUCAUCAAUAUCAUCCCGACUCUAGCUUCUUAUGCCCCUUCAGAAUUUACAAGUAGCUACCUGCACCAAUGCAUGCUGCAUCUUACGGGCUUAAUCAAACGAGACAAGGAUAAGAGUGCGGCCUUUGUUGCAGUUGGAAAGGUUGCGGGAGCAGUUGGCAGCUCGAUUGCACCGUACUUGGAGGGAAUAUUGGGCUACAUUCGAGACACGCUGACGGCCAAGGCCAAGAAUCGAAGCAUCAAUGAGGCUCCUGUUUUUGAAUGUUUGAGCAUGAUUUCCAUCGCGGUUGGUCAGGCUCUCAGCAAGUACAUGCCAACACUACUUGACCCUAUCUUCGCAUGUGGCCUCAGCAAUUCCCUUACUCAAGCUUUGGUUGAUAUGGCACACUACAUACCUCCAGCUAAACAGGUUAUCCAAGAAAAGCUGUUAGAUCUGCUAAGUCAGGUGUUGAGCGGUCGACCAUUCAUACCACUUGGAAGCCCCUACCAUAGCACUGCAAUCCCGCAGAUAUGGACACGGGAUCACAAGGAUCCGGCAACUAUCGAGCACAAGGAAGCUGAAAUAGCUUUGGCUCUGGACACUCUAGGAAGCUUCGACUUUUCCGGUCACAUACUGAACGAAUUCGUCCGUGACGUCGCCAUUCGAUACGUAGAUGCGGACAAUCCAGCCAUUCGCAGAGCGGCGGCCCUUACUUGCUGCCAGCUGUUCGUUCGCGAUCCAAUUGUUUUUCAGACAAGCCACCACGCGAUCCAAGUUGUCGGCGACGUAAUUGAGAAAUUGCUCACUGUAGGCGUUGCCGACCCUGAGGCCGAGAUUCGUCGAACAGUUCUAAUGUCGUUGGAUGCUCGCUUCGAUCGUCAUCUAGGCAAAGCUGAGAACGUCCGCACUCUCUUCCUUGCCUUGAAUGAUGAAGUCUUCGUUAUUCGAGAAGCAGCUAUGACCAUCAUCGGACGAUUGACAACCGUCAAUCCAGCAUAUGUAUUCCCAUCUCUUCGAAAAGUUCUCAUUCAGUUGUUGACCGAUAUUGAGUACUCAAAUAGCGCUCGGAACAAAGAAGAGAGUGCUCGUUUAAUCAGCCAUUUGGUGGGAGCAUCUUCCAAGUUGAUCAAACCCUAUGUGCAACCGAUGGUUAAGGUACUUUUGCCAAAGGCAACAGAUCCGAAUCCUGAAGUUGCAUCUACAACCUUGCAAGCGAUUGGCAAUCUUGCGGAGGUUGGCGGCGAAGAUAUGAAAGAGUUCAUCCCUGAACUGAUGACUAUCUUCAUUGAAAAUUUGCAGGACUUGAGCUCAGACUCGAAGCGAACGGCGGCACUGCACGCUCUUGGACAACUUGCCGAGAGCUGUGGUUAUGUGAUUGAACCGUAUAGGCAGUACCCAGAAUUACUCACAAUCCUGAAGAACAUCAUUCGAGAACAACAAUCGAGUAUUCUCAGACAAGAGGCGGUAAAGCUUCUCGGAAUACUUGGUGCAAUCGACCCCGAUGAACAGGACAAGCUAACUGAAAAGAUUCAAGAGGCGCAGAUAGUUGAGGAAGCAGAGGAAGUUUCGGACGUUUCGUUGAUCAUGAAAGGUAUCACUCCCUCCACGGAAGAGUACUAUCCGAAAAUCGUCAUCCAAACCUUGAUGGGUUUACUGAAGGACAUGUCCCUCGCACAGUACCACUCCCAGGUCAUCGAGGCAGUAAUGAACAUUUAUCAAACGAUGGGAUUGAAGUGCGUCGGAUUUCUAAAAUACGUUAUUCCUGGUUUUGUGUCUGUCAUCCGAGCAGGUGGUCCUAUUGCUGCAGAGGGUUACUUCAACCAGCUCGCAACUCUGGUUCGAAUUGUUCGACAGCAUAUUCGGCCGUUCUUGCCAUCCAUUCUAUCCCUUGUCCAGGAUUUCUGGAGCGCUUCACCACAGCUACACGCGACGAUUCUGACACUCAUCGAAUCCAUUGCGAAAGCCCUAGAGGGAGAAUUCAAGCUAUAUCUUGCUGAUGUUCUACCUUUAAUCUUAAGUGUGCUGGACUCGGAUAAUACAGCCAAACGAACCCCUUCGCAGAGAGUGCUGCAUGCUUUUUUGGUAUUUGGUUCAAGUGCAGAGGAAUACAUGCAUCUGAUCAUUCCGGUCAUCGUUCGUAUGUUCGACAAGAUCGGACAACCUCAACACAUUCGGAAGCAGGCUAUGGAGACGGUCGGUCGCCUAUCAAGGCAAGUGAAUAUCUCUGAAUUUGCCGCCAAGAUAAUUCAUCCAUUGGCAAGAGUGCUCGCCGGACCUGACGUUUCGCUCAAGCCAACAGCACUCGACACAUUGUGUGCUCUAAUCUACCAGCUUGGAGCUGAUUACCUUCACUUCUUGCCAACUAUCAACAAGAUCUUGGCCACGCAGAAAAUACCUCACAACAAUUAUGCCAUUAUUAUAUCCAAGCUGCAAAAGGGUGAAUCAUUACCACAAGACCUUAGCCCGGACGAGAAAUAUGGCGAAGACGAUGAUGACCAUCUGUAUACCGACGUCAACAUGAAAAAAUUAGCAGUCAACCAGCAACAUCUCAAGAAUGCUUGGGAGGCGUCUCAGAAGUCCACAAAAGAGGAUUGGAUUGAAUGGAUGCGUCGUUUCAGUGUUGAACUUUUGAGAGAGUCCCCACAGCAGGCUCUACGUGCAUGCACCAUGCUUGCAAGCGCAUACAAUCCAAUAGCUAAGGCUCUGUUCAAUUCAGCCUUUGUGUCCUGCUGGACGGAACUUUAUGACCAGUAUCAGGAAGAACUUGUACAUGCUAUUGAAACAGCCUUGACUUCAGCAGAGAUUCCCCCUGAAAUCUUGCAGAUGCUCCUAAACCUCGCAGAAUUCAUGGAACACGAUGAUAAGGCGCUUCCUAUCGAUGUGCGAACACUCGGAAUGUACGCUGCUAAGUGUCAUGCUUUCGCCAAGGCCCUGCAUUACAAGGAGCUUGAGUUCAAUGCUGAACAGAACCCAAGCGCGGUUGAAGCACUCAUCAGUAUAAAUAAUCAAUUGCAACAAUACGAUGCAGCUUUUGGUAUCUUGCGGAAAGCUCAAAAUUACAACGACGUUGAACUGAAGGAGACUUGGUUUGAAAAGCUCUUCCGAUGGGAAGAAGCUCUUCGUUCCUACCAGAAGCGUGAGAAAGAGAGCGGCGAAACGUUCGAGACAACUAUGGGUAAAAUGCGCUGCCUACACGCGCUCGGCGAGUGGGAAACCCUAUCCUCGCUCGCUCAAGACAAAUGGAUACAUGCUAGCGCUGAAGUUCGAAAGACAAUUGCGCCACUGGCUGCAGCUGCUGCAUGGGGACUCGGUCAAUGGGAACUCAUGGAUCAAUAUCUGGGUGUUAUGAAAGCUUCUUCUCCAGAUCGAUCCUUUUUCGGUGCCAUAUUAGCGAUUCACCGCAACCAAUUCGACGAAGCACAUGCACAUAUUGACAAAGCACGUGGCCUCCUUGAGACUGAGUUGAGAGCUUUGUUGGGCGAAUCAUACGAUCGAGCGUAUCUCCAGAUCUUGCGUGUGCAAAUGCUUGCUGAAUUGGAGGAGAUCAUGGUCUACAAACACAACCAAGCAUUAGGAAACGUUGAGAAACUUGAGCUUAUGAAGGAGACUUGGAUGAAACGAUUGAGAGGAUGCCAGUCAAAUCCAGAGGUUUGGCAGCGUAUGCUCAAAGUAAGAGCUCUGGUCAUCUCUCCUAAAGACUGCCAGCAAAUGUGGCUUAAGUUUACCAAUCUCUGCCGCAAAAACCAACGUCUGGGACUCGCGGAGAAGUCACUCAACGGGCUACUUGACACUGAUGAACGAGUCUCGGUUUACAUCCAGCACAAUGUUGACCGCGUGGACCCGCAUAUUGCAUACGCGACUCUUAAAUUCAUGUGGGCUACCGAUGAUCGCGAGACGGCCUUGAAGACCCUAAAGGCCUUCAGUGCUCGAUUAGCAGACGAUUUACAGAUCCAAGCUCGCGAAACCCAGAUCAGACCAUCAACAACGAUGAUUAAUGGUGUCAAUGGUAUCACUGACGGCAUUAACGGAUUAAACAUGACCAGUAGUGCCCAGCAAGCUGCCCAAAAGCCACACUUGGAGCGACAUAGAUUAUUAGCCAAAUGCUAUCUCAAGCAGGGCGAGUGGCAGUCGGCGCUGUCUGGUGGCGAUUGGGGGGGAAAUGAGAACGUGCAUGAUAUUCUAGCCGCCUUCAACGCAGCCACAAGGUAUAAUCCAGUUUCGUACAAGGCGUGGCAUGCUUGGGCGCUUGCGAAUUUCGAGGUUGUUACGGCAAUGACUUCACUGGGUGAUCGCGAAACUACCGAGAUCCCCCAAGCAGUCGUGCAAGGACAUGUUGUCCCUGCUAUUGAGGGAUUCUUCAAAUCAAUAUCUCUGUCCACUUCGAGCGCUUUGCAGGAUACGCUUCGUGUACUGACUUUAUGGUUUGCUCACGGUCAUCAUCACGAGGUCAAUAAUGCUGUUAAUGAGGGUAUUGGCACUGUCCGCGUGGACGUAUGGCUUGAAGUCAUUCCACAGCUCCUAGCACGUAUCAAUCAGCCUAAUGCUCGUGUCAGAGCCUCAAUUCACAAGCUCAUCAACGAUAUUGGCCGCGCCCAUCCGCAAGCUAUGGUCUUUCCUCUGACCGUCUCAAUCAAAUCGGACAUCUCAAAGCGCUCUAGAUCUGCACGCGAGCUGAUGGAGGCAAUGCGUGCUCACUCACCUGUCCUAGUUGAGCAGGCUGAUCUUGUCAGCCACGAACUGAUCCGUAUUGCCGUUUUGUGGCAUGAACAAUGGCAUGAAGGUCUUGAAGAAGCAUCGCGUCUCUAUUUUGGUGACCACAACAUCGAAGGCAUGUUCGCAACUCUUGCCCCAUUGCACGCUAUGCUAGACAAGGGCCCGGAGACACUGCGCGAGAUUUCUUUUAUUCAAUCAUUCGGCCGGGAGCUGCAAGAAGCGCGGGACUGGUGCAACACUUAUCGGCAGACGAACGAAAUCGGGGACUUGAACCAGGCCUGGGACCUCUAUUAUCAAGUUUUCCGUAAGAUCGCCCGUCAGCUUCCCUCUUUAAUGACUCUUGAGCUACAGUAUGUGUCGCCAAAGUUGAAGGCCGUGCGUGGUCUACAGCUAGCUGUUCCGGGCACGUACGAGAGCGGUGCACCUCCCAUCACGAUCGAGUCAUUUGACCCUGUGGCUACUGUCAUCCAAUCUAAGCAGCGCCCUCGUAAGCUUGUCAUCCGUGGUAGCGAUGGAAAGGACCAUAAAUACCUGUUGAAAGGCCACGAAGAUAUCCGACAAGACGAACGCGUAAUGCAGCUUUUCGGCCUCUGCAACACUCUUCUCGCCAACGAUAACGAAUGUCGAAAGCGACAUCUAAAUAUCCAGCGCUACGCAGCUAUUCCCCUAUCGACUCAAUCAGGUAUCCUGGCCUGGGUGCCCAACAGCGAUACACUCCAUGUGCUUAUUCGCGAGUACCGUGAUAGUCGGAAGAUUCUUCUCAACAUUGAGCACAGAAUCAUGUUGCAGAUGGCACCGGAUUAUGACAGUCUGACGCUCAUGCAGAAGGUCGAAGUAUUUGGCUAUGCUCUCGAUAACACAACAGGCCAAGAUUUGUAUCGUGUUCUAUGGCUUAAAUCCCAAAGCUCUGAAGCUUGGCUCGGCCGAAGGACGAACUAUACUCGUUCGCUUGCUGUCAUGUCCAUGGUUGGCUAUAUUCUCGGUCUAGGAGACAGACAUCCCUCUAACUUGAUGCUCGAUCGUAUUACGGGCAAGAUUAUCCAUAUCGAUUUUGGAGACUGCUUUGAAGUUGCCAUGCAUCGUGAAAAGUAUCCUGAGAGGGUACCAUUCCGGCUCACGCGAAUGCUAACAUAUGCUAUGGAGGUUAGCAAUAUUGAAGGAAGCUACAGGACAACUUGUGAACAUGUUAUGAGGGUGCUGAGACAAAACAAAGAGUCUGUCAUGGCUGUCUUAGAAGCCUUCAUCCACGAUCCUUUACUUAACUGGAGGCUCAAUCGAGAGUCACCUCCCGAGCCGACAUUCCAGUCGGAGCGUCGUAACAGCCUCAUUGCUGGAAUUGAGACUCGUGGUAACGCAAACCGUCCUUCAAGCAGCGUUGCCGCCGCAGCCGCAAAUGGUACGGUCCCAGAGUCGGGACGUCCGGACAUGUACCGUCCCCGCAACCGCAGUAGUGCUUUCGCCACUAAAGCGGAAGAACAAGAAGCGAAGGAAGUUCAAAAUGCACGUGCCAUUCAAGUUCUGGCAAGGGUCAAGGAGAAGCUCACAGGCACUGACUUCGGGCCAAAGGAAAAGGAUAAAAGCUUGAAUAUUGCAGGUGGUGGAGCUCCAGUAGAAGAGUUGAGAGUCGAUGUUCAAGUGGAUCGUUUGAUCCGGGAGGCAACCAACCUCGAGAACCUUUGCCAGCACUACAUAGGCUGGUGCAGUUUCUGGUAGUUCUACAAUAGACUUGCGCAUUGCCCUUACGUUGGGGAAAACUGGAGUAUCGGUUCUAUUUCGAAGGGCUUUUCGGCAUUCGUGGUGAAGGAAUUGUUAAAGAAGUAGCUUUCGCAAUAGAGAGCAAGGGAUAUAUUACGGACGUUGGAAAGCAUUGCGAGGGCGUUUUAGCUGGGAUUUUCAUGCUUGAUCAUAUCCUUUGCAGCUCAGAUCGUAUGGCACACGCGUUGGUGACUAGAAACACAUGACACAAAUGAUCACGAAUGCAUUUACAUAUUAGGGUGUCGUAACAUUCUGAAUUCACAUACUCGUCACAUAUAUUCC